GAAACUGUCAAUCUUUUCUAGAAGAGACAAUAAUUUUUCGACGGUGCUGUCAACGCCAAUUUGUUCGUUUCACAGCACGCUUUUCUCUCAUUUCGUUAGUUCUUGUGCUUCAUUUGUCGCGGUCGGUUCUUGUUUUUUUUCGGUAGUCGAAGUGCAGUGCGUUUCCUCGUAAAAAGUUUCCAAUCGUCCGUGGUUAACCGAAACGCAAGGAGUGGAAAAAUCGUGAUUAAUCUUUUCCGUGAGUGAUUAAUAGUUACCCUUGAUUGUGUUCAUCAUCCAGAAGGUCAGCUGAGGGCUGAUAAAGGCGACAGGAUGGCAAAAAUGGCGUUUCAACACCAGGCGGGGACCGCCAUGGAGUGCUUAAGUAUUCCAAUUACCCUGCACAAAGAAAAAGAUGUGGACGAAGAAGGCCGUGAAGUGCUAAAAUGUGGUUUCAAAAUAGGUGGUGGUAUAGAUCAGGAUUUUAAAAAAAGCCCACAAGGAUACACAGAUUAUGGUAUCUAUGUAACGGAAGUUCACGAAGGUAGUCCCGCUGCAAAGUCUGGUCUUCGAAUGCACGAUAAAAUUUUGCAGUGCAAUGGUUAUGAUUUUACAAUGGUUACACACAAAAAGGCUGUCAGUUACAUUAGGAAAAAUCCAGUGCUUAAUCUGCUGGUGGCUCGAAAGGGAGUUACCUCCACAUAAGCUGCUGACUAUAAAAUAACACUAGCCGAAUUAAAGGUUCAGUGUUUUUGUUAUCACAGGUAUUAUUACUAUUAGAUCAUAUAUAGGUUUUAAAAAGCUCAACUGCCGGAGAUCGUGCUAGUGUAUUUUUAUAACUAAAAUGUGCAUGUGCAAGCUUUUAUAUCGUGAUCGCAUAUUUGUGUGCACAACAUAUUAUUUGCUCAUGACGACUAUCCAGCAUAGAUGAGCAGUUAGAGAAAGCUAUCUGAUGUAUGCUGCCAAAUACCAUCCAACAGACGUUUUAUAGCAUACCUUAAGUUGAUGCAUCCUAACGAAAACUGAAAGUUUCUACGUUUUCGGAAAUGAAAGGUCCAUCUGCAUUUUUGUCAAUACACGUGUGGUUUAGGUCAGAGUAAAAUUAAAUGUAUUUUGUUUUUCCAAAUUCAUCGAGCAUCGGUUAGCAUACAUAAGACAUUUGUUCUACAUAUUUACACAUGCGAGACAUUCGUAGUAGAUGUGAAGUAAUUGUUUACCUAAUUUUAUAUAGCCUUAUCCUCAACUGGGAAUGAAUGCAUGCCAAAGUAAA